UUCUGUUUCUAUCUUCUUUUAAAUUUUCAUUAUCAAACAUGUAUUCGCGGUGUGUGUAUAUCUGUAUUCGUAUUCGUAUGCGUGUAUAUAUUCAAUUUUCUGAUUGCGGCAUUUAUUUCGGAGGAAUGUGAAGGACCCAGAUGCAGGAACAAUUUUUAAUUUUUUUUCCUUUUUUGGUGAAUUAGAUAUUUAGGGUUUUUUGGUAGUUUAAUUGAUAGUAUUCCGUAAUUGUUCCAAAUCUUCUGCUAAUAUCAAUUGUAAUGAAACCAUGGAUACAUAGAUAAGUGUUAGAGGAAUCAGGUGGAAAUAAAUAUUAGGAAAUGUUUGCACCCUUAAAUGUGUAGCUCAUAAAUCAAUUGUUCUGACCUUUAUUUUUUUCGUAGCAUUAAAUUUGAUCGAAUCGUUUUAGUCGUAUACAAAAUUCGACCGUCAAAACAUAUUUUUUCGCCAUUUAUUCGAUAUGGAAUAUGUUAUUAUGUAUUUGUAGCUGAUGACAAAUGCUUUUGCAUUGCCGAUUCUCGUUGACUGGUGCUUAUAUUCAGACAACACAAUUUGCUUCUUUUUCGUACAAGUUCUGUACAAACUCGUUUAUUUUCCUUUCAAUUCGUAUUGGGGUUCUUCAUUCUCUUAUAUGAAUUAAUUACACUGUUAUUUUUAUGUAGGCAAAGCUCCGUCAACAAAGAUUAAAUAUACUAAAUGGUAGAAAAUUAACGAGCUUUCGAUUUUGAUAACUUUGUGCAGGACUAAAUUGAGAAAGGGGUUAAAAAAAAGGGGGGGUUUCCGCUAUGGAAAAAAAAUCGGAGAAAUUUUCGGCAGAUUUGAUAAUGGGAGGGGCUGCAGCGGUUGUAGCAAAAAGCGGCGCAGCGCCCAUUGAGAGAGUGAAGCUUUUGUUGCAAAAUCAAGGAGAGCUAAUGAAGAGAGGGCAGCUUCAAAAACCUUAUACGGGUGUUGGUAAUUGCUUCAAGAGAGUAUUUAGGGAGGAGGGCGUUUUAUCCUUUUGGAGGGGUAACCAGGCCAAUGUUAUACGAUAUUUUCCCACUCAGGCGUUCAACUUUGCGUUUAAAGGUUACUUCAAAAGCCUGUUUGGAUGUUCGAAAGAGAGAGACGGAUACUUAAAGUGGUUUGCAGGAAAUGUUGCUUCGGGAAGUGCUGCAGGGGCAACCACUUCUCUGUUUCUUUAUCACCUUGAUUACGCAAGAACUCGUUUGGCCACAGAUGCAAAGAACUGUCAUAUGAGUGGGAAACACCAAUUUAACGGCCUUUCGGAUGUAUACCGGAAAACCUUCUCCACUGAUGGAAUCGCCGGUCUCUAUCGAGGAUUUGGGGUUUCAAUUGUUGGAAUCACUCUUUACAGAGGAAUGUAUUUUGGGAUCUACGACACAAUGAAACCUAUUGUUUUGGUUGGAUCGUUUCAGGACAAUUUUUUGGCAAGUUUUUUCUUGGGUUGGAGCGUGACGACAGUUUCUGGGGUGUGUGCGUACCCGUUCGACACUGUACGAAGGAGAAUGAUGCUGACAUCUGGACAGAAGGUGAAGUAUCGAAGCGCAAUGCAUGCGUUUAAGGAAAUUAUUCGUGUUGAAGGUUUUGCAGCUAUUUAUAGAGGUGUUACUGCAAAUAUGCUACUUGGUGUGGCUGGAGCUGGAGUUCUUGCUGGAUAUGAUCAACUGUACAGAAUUGUAUACAAACCUCGUUAUAACUUUACCUCUCAGAAAGUCCUCAAAUGAGUUCGUUGUGACUCUAUUUGUUUCUUAGUGUUGAUACUGAUUAUUUAAUUAGUCGCAAUUUUCGUUCUCGAAAAUCCGUAAGAGGACUUAUGGAGAAGAUGGAAAAGAAUGUGUACAGAAACACGGAAAUAGCUCUCUGCUCAGAAAAAAAGAAGAAGAAAAGGAAAGAUGUAAAUAUCUUCACAGGGAAGAUGCAGAUGUUAUAACCAACGAAAAUAAUGUGGUAUCUUGAUACAGCUUUCAGUAGAAAAUUCCUGUAAUUACUCGAUUUUUUUUGAUUUAUUUGGAAACAAAUAUUUGCUCGGAGCUUGAUUAGAUUCUAUAACUUGGUUAAUUCAUGCUCAAAGGGAAAAUAAGCUUUGAAUUAUUUGUACAGUUGUAUAAUGCAAAUGGAUGUUCGAUCGGUUGGAUUUAACUUCAUAUUUGUUCUCU